ACUCCCUCUAUCUCGCAUUUACUCUCUCAACGGGAUUCCUCAAAGCACAUGCGGAAGUUUCCACCCCGGGCAGCGGCUGCUUCUCCCGCCGCAGCUCAGAUGAGCUUGUGACAGUCGAUUAGUAGGAGGCAAGGCAGUGACAGCGAGGAAGUGGGCGAGGCGACACCGCCAGGAAACACCACAGCCGCGGCCGCUGGACUGGACUUCAGACCCUCGCAUGGCUUCUCUGGGCAGCGCAGAGCGACGUGCUUUCGCUCUGAAGAUCAACAGGCACUCUUCUGCAGAGAUCAGACGAAACUUCAGUGGAAACUAUGGCUUGUAUCACAGCCGAUCCAACUCUAAUUCUUCACCCACAUCCUACAUCUGUGUGCCUCCGACAUAUGACGCAGUGGAGCCCUUGGACCUGGAGCAGUUCCUAAUGUUACAGUUAAGAAGUGAAGACUCUGCUCUGAUGCAAGAAGUUGGGGACUUCCCUGACGAUGACCUGAAGGUGGAGCAGGUGGAGAGGGAGCGACGUACCAUCCGGCACCCUGUCCCAGAGGAUGGAGGCGAUUUAGAUCCACAUGUGAGAGAUUGUGUAAGGAGUUACACCCAGCCAUGGCUUGUAGUCUCCAGGAGAUGCCAGGGGGACGGCUGGAGCGCAUAUUCAGAGCGAGCCGGCCUGCAUAAAGUCCUGCAGAAACAAAUCUUUGAGUCUGAUUUCCAACCAGAAAACAAAGACAAACCAGUCAAGUCUCCAACUCUGACAGGGCUGAGCGAUGACUCUGGCCGUACGCUGACCUCGUCUGAUUUUAACCUGCGAAGCCUGGCCCCAGACCAUAGGGUCGAGAGAUUGCUGGCCUUCAGCAACCAUGAGGAGCUGGAUCGUUUCAAUCAGGAGGCGCGGAUGGAAAAAAGACAUCCUGAGAUGUUUGCGCUUUACCCGCCACCUGAUGAGGAUGAUGCGGUGGAAAUCCGGCCUAUUCCUGACUGCCCCAAAGAACACACUGGGGAUCGCAUCUUGAUCCGAUGCCAGGCCAUAAAGUUUGAAAUUGACAUUGAGCCCUUGUUUGCCACCAUGGCCUUAUAUGACCUGAAGGAGAAGAAAAAGAUAUCAGAAAACUUCUAUUGCGAUCUCAACUCUGAGCAGUUUAGAAACUGCUUGAAACUUCACACUCCACAUGUGGAUCACUCCACCCUGGCUAGAUCUGGCAUCUUCUCAGUCACCUAUCCUUCGUCUGAUAUUUACCUGGUCAUCAAGAUUGAGAAGGUUCUCCAGCAAGGAGAGAUCAGUGACUGUGCUGACCCCUAUUUAACAAUGAGGGAGAAUGACUCCUCAAAGAACAAGGAUAAACUUGAGAAACUGAAAGGCCAGGCGGAGGCUUUCUGCCAGAGGCUGGGUCGCUAUCGCAUGCCUUUUGCUUGGGCAACAGUUAAUAUCAUGGACGUCAUCUCUACUGCUACUUUAGACCGUGAUGUCACAGAUUCUGACAGCAUAAAAGGAGGUAAAUCUAGCAGCAUGGACCGGAGAGUGCAGCUUCCCAGGAGGAACUCUGAGCGUUUCAGUAACAUGGAGGAAGCGUGUUAUAAUGUUCACACCUUCAAACCUGCAACCAUCACUAUAACCACAAUCUUCAAACAGGAAGGGGAUCGUCUAAGUGAUGAAGAUUUGUUGAAAUUCUUGGCUGAUAUUAAGAAAACCUCAACUCCGCAAAGAAGAAUCAAGACAAUACCAGGUGGUAUUAAACUGGACAUGUCUCCAGUCCACGACACGCCGCAGGCCUGUCUGUCCACCGAGCUCAUCCCGCUCAUACCUGUGGCUGAGAAAAACAUCCGUCCCAUUAAAGAGGUGCUGGAGUUCCCCUCCAGUGAGGUUUAUGUCCCCCAUAACAUUUACAGGAACCUGCUUUUUGUCUACCCCCAGAGGCUGAACUUUGUCAACAGGCUUACAUCAGCAAGAAACAUCACCAUCAAAAUCCAGUUUAUGAGUGGAGAGGACCCAAGCUGCAUUCUGCCUGUUAUUUUUGGAAAAUCCAGUGGUCCUGAGUUGUUACAAGAAGUUUACACACCUGUUACAUACCAUAACAAGUCUCCAGACUUCUAUGAGGAAGUGAAGCUUUCUCUUCCAGCUCGUCUGACGGAGAGGCAUCACCUGCUGUUCACUUUCUACCACAUCAGCUGCCAACAGAAACAGAACCAGAGUGGCAACUGCGAGACCCUCAUUGGAUACUCUUGGCUGCCCAUACUGAACUGUGACCGGCUGCAGACAGGGCAGUUUUGUCUACCAAUCGUUUUGGAGCGACUCCCUCUCAACUACUCGCUACACACUCCAGAGAAACUUCCUCCCCAGGUCCCUCCAGUCAAGUGGAUGGAGAGCCACAAAGGGCUUUUCAACCUUGAGAUUCAAGCUGUGUCAUCUGUUCACCCUCAAGACAAUCACCUGGAGCGUUUCUUCACCCUGUGUCAUGCGCUGGAAGGUGGAACUACCUUCCCUGUUCGGAUCAGGGACGAGAAGAUUCCCGAGAACAAACUGGAGCACGAGCUGAAGCUCAGCAUCAUAUCUCUGUCCUCCUCUAAUUUAGAGCCUCUGGUGCUUUUCCUCCAUCGGGUGCUGGAUAAACUCUUCACCCUCAUCAUGCAGCCCAUGGUUAUUGCUGGCCAAACGGCCAAUCUGGCCCAGAUAGCCUUUGAAUCAGUGGUGUCUAUAGUCAACAGUCUUCAUAACAGCCAGGAGCUGUUCAGGGACCAGCUGGGAAGGAAUAUCCUCUUAGCAACCUACCUUUACUGGGUGUUUCGUCUUCCUGAUCCCCCCAGAGAUACGCAGAAUGCAGGUCCAGCAGGUUCAGUUCCUUCAUCAGACAGUCGUUACAUGACCAUAGGUCCGGCUACCGCAGCCAGAGUCGGCAGCAUGCUCCUCCAGUCCAGGAUCCGCAGCAGCAGCAACCCCGACAUCCCUGCUCAGCAAGCUUCUGAUGAAGAUGCAGAGAUCACAGGCAUUCUGUCUGCCACGGGCCACAACUACCCGGGCAGCCGUGUGUCCACUUAUGUGGAGGCCAGCAACUUUCAGAACUUUGCAGGAAACACCAGGCCAUCCAACAGGAAGCAAUUUCACGAGGAGCUUGCUCUGCAGAUGGUUGUCAGCACCGGUGUGUGCAGAGAAAAUGCUUACAAAUACGCCUGGUUCUUCUUUGAGCUGUUGGUGAAAAGCAUGGCUCAGCAAGUGUCUCAGCUAGACAAGUACAGUGUCCCUCGAAGGAGCCGCUUCUCUGACAGAUUCAAAGAUGACAUCACCACCAUUGUCUCCGUGGUCACGGCAGAGAUUUGCACAAUCCUGGUCAAACAACAAAAGGAGGUAGAGCAAGCAGAGAAAAUCAACAUCAGUCUGGCUUUCUUCCUGUAUGACCUGCUGUCCCUCAUGGACCGAGGGUUUGUCUUCCAGCUUGUGAGAAACUACUGCAACCAGAUGUCAGCUAAGAGUGUUUCAAUGCCGACUUUGAUCAGCAUGCGUCUCGAGUUCCUGCGAAUCCUCUGUAGCCAUGAGCACUACCUCAACCUGAGCCUCUUCUUCAGCAGCCCAGCCUCUGCGCCUGCCUCUCCAUGUCCGUCCAUCUCCUCGCAGAGUUCCGGCUCCUACCAGGAACAGCUGAGGAUCCUGGCUCUUUUUGAUCUUUCUCAGGAAUUCAAGCAACAGCAUUACCUCACCGGUCUGCUCCUAACAGAACUUAGUGCGGCACUUGACAUGGAGUCAGAGGGGGGAAAGGUUCAAAGAAGGGCGAUCAAUGCAAUUUACAGCUUGCUGUGUUCCCAUGAUCUGGAUGAUCGCUGUGUUAAAUCUGAGGUUAGAGCCAAGGUGGCCGCUCUCUACCUCCCCCUGGUGGGGAUUAUUAUAGAGUCAACCAACUACCUGGAUUUCACUGUUUCUGACACACGAGCCGGCAAAAACAAGGCCGGCGAUUCCGAGGACGACCUUGAAAACGUGCCGCCCAUCAAUCAGUCUGUUGCCAUGGCGAUUGCCGGGAAUCCCUUUAACACGUUGGGGCGUAACGUUCUCAUCUCCAUGGCAUCCCUGCAAGGUAAAUCUGUUGCUACCCUGGCUGCAGACACCAGUCGCCACCUACUGGUUUGUUUCCUCUGGGUGAUGAAGAAUGCCGAUAGAAACCUUAUCCAGCGCUGGACCGUGGAUAUGCCUCCUUCACAACUCAAUAAACUGCUGGAGCUUCUCACUAUAUGCGUGUCUUGCUUUGAGUACAGGGGUAAGCAGAGUAGUGACAAAGUGAGCACACAGGCCUUACAGAAGUCUCAGCAGGCCAAACUGCAGCUAGAAGAAGCACUGCUGAGAGGAAUGGGAGCCCGCGGAGAAAUGAUGAAACGGGUUGGAGGAAUGGACAGAACGGUCGGUCAGAGAGAGAACCUGCGCUGGAGGAAGGACCUCACUCAGUGGAGGCAAACAAACGACAAACAGGAUAAAACAAAAGCAGAGUUGGACCAGGAGGCUCUGAUUAAUGGGAAUUUAGCCACAGAGGCAAACCUUAUAGUCCUGGACCUUUUAGAGACCAUAAUACAGGCGGUGCCUUUAAAUGAGUGUAAGGACAGCGUCGUUGGCGGCGUGUUGAAGGUGUUACUCCACUCUCUCACCUGCAACCAGAGCACCACUUUCCUCCGUCACACCUUCAGCACACUGAGAUCCCUUGUCGUCAAGUUCGGAGACCUGUUGUUCGAGGAGGAGGCGGAGCAGUGUGCAGACCUGUGCCAGAAAGUGCUUCAGUACUGCAGCAGCCCUGUUGAUGAGAACAGGAGCCAGGCCUGUGCCACCCUCUAUCUCAUCAUGAGAUACAGCUACAGUAAUGUCAGCAACUUUUCAAGAGUGAAGAUGCAGGUCACCAUGUCACUGGCCUCACUGGUGGGAAAAUCAUCAGACUUCCAAGAGGAAUAUCUAAGGCGCUCCCUCCGCACCAUUCUUGCUUAUGCAGAGGAGGAUGCUGAGAUGCAGAACACCCUGCUGCCCUCACAGGUGGAUGAGCUCUUAAGAAACCUCAACAGCAUCUUGUCGGAUACUGUGAAGAUGAGGGAGUUUCAGGAGGAUCCUGAAAUGCUUAUGGACCUCAUGUACAGGAUAGCAAAGGGCUAUCAGACGUCUCCUGACCUCCGUCUGACCUGGCUGCAGAACAUGGCAGAGAAGCACAACAACAGGAAGUGUUACACGGAGUCAGCCAUGUGCCUGAUCCAUGCAGCUGCACUUGUGGCAGAGUACCUUAGCAUGCUGGAGGAUCACAAAUACCUGCCUGUUGGAAGUGUCACCUUCCAGAACAUUUCCCCCAAUGUGCUGGAGGAGUCAGCUGUGUCUGAUGACAUCCUGUCCCCAGAUGAGGACGGUGUAUGCUCAGGUCGCUAUUUCACGGAGAGCGGCUUGGUGGGAUUGCUCGAACAGGCUGCUGAGCUUUUCAGCAAUGGUGGUCUCUAUGAGGCAGUGAAUGAAGUCUACAAGAUCAUCAUACCAAUCUUAGAGGCUCGCAGAGAUUUUAGAAAACUGGCAUCCACACACGAAAAGCUUCAGAGAGCUUUUGAUAACAUUAUCCAGAAGGGCCAUAAGAGGAUGUUUGGCACCUAUUUCCGUGUGGGUUUUUACGGGGCCAAGUUUGGAGACCUGGAUGAAUGGGAAUUUAUUUACAAGGAGCCUGGCAUCACGCAUCUGCCUGAGAUAUCACAUAGGCUGGAGAACUUCUAUAGCCAGUGUUUUGGAGAUGAGACACUGGUGAUGAUUAAGGAUUCUACACCAGUGGACAGAAAACAGCUCAACCCCAGCAAGGCGUAUAUCCAGAUCACUUACGUGGAGCCCUACUUUGAUGACUAUGAGAUGAAAGACCGCCUAACGAACUUUGAGAAGAACUUCAACCUGAGACGCUUCAUGUACACCACGCCUUUCACCAAGAGCGGACGGCCUCGCGGUGAGCUCAAUGAGCAGUACAAGAGAAAGACCAUCCUCACCACCAUGCACUCCUUCCCUUACGUCAAGACGCGCAUCAACGUCAUCCAGAAAGAAGAGUUUGACCUUACUCCCAUUGAGGUGGCCAUAGAAGACAUGCAGAAGAAGACUAGGGAGCUCGCAGUUGCCACGCACCGGGAGCAACCCGAUGCUAAAAUGCUACAGAUGCUGCUACAAGGCUCUGUGGGAGCCACCGUUAACCAGGGCCCGCUGGAGGUGGCCCAGGUCUUCCUGAAUGAGAUCCCAGCAGACCCGAAGCUCUUCCGUCACCACAAUAAACUGCGCCUGUGUUUCAAAGAGUUUAUAAUGAGGUGUGGUGAGGCUGUUGAAAAGAAUAAGCACUUAAUCACAUCAGACCAGAAAGAGUACCAGCAGGAGCUGAAGAAGAACUACAACCGCCUGAGAGAAAACCUGAGGCCCAUGUUAGAGAGAAAGAUUCCUGAGCUUUACAAACCCAUCAUCAGGCCCCGGCUAGAGAAUAGGGAUUCCUUCAAACGCCUCAGUUUCCGCAGAGCUCCAGAGGAAAACUCCUGAGGUGCCUCAGCUUGUGGGAGCAUGCCGCAGAAAGGACAGGGAAGCUGUCAUGCAGCCGAAAGCGUAAAAAUAAGAAGAUAAGCUGAAAAGAACUGCUGGUAAAACCUCGGAAAGAAGAGUCACCAUUUUUUAUGUAAAUUCAGCACUGUGCAUACAUGCCUUCUGCAUGAGCACUUUUGUAUUGUCAUGGAUGUUGUAUCAGAACAGAGCACAAAAAAAGGAAAUUUGCUAUCCCGAGCAAAAUGUAGCUCUUUUUUUAAUAUUUUACUGUAAAGUCAAGUCCUGAUAAUGCUGCAAAAAUGUCCUUUUGGUUGGCAAAACAGCUCUCUUACUGAACCAGAGUGUUCAUACUGUGUACAUUCUGUUUAUGACUGUGUCCUGUAUGUAUGUACAUGCCUGAAUGAACAUGUUGAUAUGUAUAGUGCUUAGAAUAAAAUAAUAUUUGUGAUCAACAAUUCUGCUUGGUGCUGAAGAACCUCUGGGCUUCUAUGCAUGACAUUUGUCAGGUUGAGUUGCAAUUAUUGGAACUGGGUGGAUUGUGCACUGGAGAAAAAUGUACAAAUCUCUGUGUUGGCUUGUCUCUUUGUCUUCUCUCCUUACUGCUGAACAUCCAGCACUAAAAUAACAGAAUAGGAGAAAGAAGACUGUCCUGAGGGUCUAAAUUAUAGUUUGAGGAUGCAUAAAAGCCACUUUUUUGUAUAUAGUACAGUUUACAAGGGUAUACUUAUAUAUUUCGCAUUUUAUUUUUCAGGAAAUUUAACUUUUUGUAUAUAUACCACUUCCUAUAAAACAUACAGUGCCAAAUUUAAAGUGUUUAUUUGCAACUUAAAGAUGUUAAACCUAAAAAGAAUUGAAAUAUUUUUGAAAAACCAACCAACACUUAUCCCCUGUAGUUAAAAUACUUUUUCAGAAAAGAUUUUCACUCCCGGUUUUGAAAAUUUAAUAUUGAUAAUUUAAUCUCAUUUGAUUUAAUUACACCUUCAUGACAGCUCAUCCUGUUUUAUGUUCAAGGACACACUGUAUCUUAGUAAUGUAAAAUGUGCUUAUUUUUCAUAAAUGGAAAUACAUUUUAAAUAGAUUAUUAGUAGCCAUUUACAUAUUUGUUUCCUUGUAUUUAUUAGCUGUUGACAUUUUUUAAUGGUUUAGUAAAACAAAAUUAUGCAACUUGCUGUAUUAACUAAGUAUUCAUUAAAAUGUAUUUCUAGUUUCUGAACUAAUCUGAACAUGUACUGUAAUAUACAUCUGUGGCAUUCAACUACAUGUUUGCAUAAAUUUGUUUUUUGUGUAUUUGUUUCUUACCGUUUAUGUUUUACUAAAUGAGGAAUUGUUUGUGAACAUUUUCCAUGCAAAGCGCUGUUGCAGAAAGUUAAUAAACUUUAACAUAUGCACAAUGUU